CUUUCUUCUCCGCAUCUCUCUUUCUCAACUCUGUCAACAUGUCAGGAGCUCUGACUUGCUCUGUGUCCGAUCUCUCCGCCAUGCUCGGUCCAAACACCACCGCGGCGGCUGAAUACAUAUGCGGCCAGUUAGGCACCGUUAACAAUAAGUUCACGGAUGCAGCCUAUGCCGUAGAUAACACCUAUCUUCUCUUCUCUGCCUACCUCGUCUUCUCCAUGCAGAUAGGCUUCGCGAUGCUCUGUGCUGGCUCCGUUAGAGCCAAGAAUACGAUGAACAUCAUGCUCACUAAUGUCCUUGACGCUGCAGCCGGAGGUCUCUUUUACUAUCUUUUUGGUUACGCGUUUGCAUUUGGCGGAUCCUCUGAAGGUUUCAUCGGAAGACACAACUUUGCUCUAAGAGAUUUCCCGACUCUCACGUCCGACUACUCUUUCUUCAUCUACCAAUGGUCAUUCGCAAUUGCAGCUGCUGGAAUAACCAGCGGUUCAAUCGCCGAGAGGACUCAGUUUGUGGCUUACUUGAUCUACUCUUCUUUUUUAACGGGGUUUGUUUAUCCUGUCGUCUCUCACUGGUUCUGGUCCCCGUUCGGAUGGGCUAGUCCCUUCCGUCCAGCAGAAGACCGUUUGUUUAACACCGGAGCCAUAGAUUUUGCUGGCUCCGGUGUUGUUCACAUGGUAGGUGGCAUAGCAGGAUUAUGGGGUGCUCUCAUCGAAGGUCCUCGACGUGGACGGUUCGAGAAAAGUGGUCGCGCUAUUGCUCUGCGUGGCCACUCUGCCUCCCUUGUCGUCUUGGGAACGUUCCUUCUUUGGUUCGGCUGGUACGGUUUUAACCCCGGUUCAUUCACCAAGAUCCUCGUUCCGUAUGAAACUGGUUCGAGCUACGGCCAAUGGAGCGGAAUAGGCAGGACAGCGAUUACAACCACGCUUGCUGGAUCCACCGCGGCUCUAACGACACUCUUCGGAAAACGUCUUCUCUCUGGCCACUGGAACGUGACGGACGUAUGCAACGGGCUACUCGGUGGGUUCGCCGCCAUAACUGGGGGUUGCUCUGUGGUAGAGCCCUGGGCUGCGAUCGUAUGUGGAUUUGUGGCUGCCCUCGUCCUCAUCGGAUGCAACAAGCUUGCGGAGAUAGUACAGUACGAUGAUCCCCUAGAGGCUGCGCAACUACACGGAGGAUGCAGCGCGUGGGGGUUAAUAUUCGUAGGACUAUUUGCAAAGGAGAAGUAUCUAAACGAGGUUUACGGCGAGACACCUGGAAGGCCAUAUGGACUGCUAAUGGGCGGAGGAGGGAAGCUGUUGGGAGCACAAUUAGUUCAAAUUCUUGUGGUUGCAGGAUGGGUUAGUGCUACCAUGGGAACACUCUUCUUCUUGCUCAAAAGGCUCGGUCUGCUUCGGAUAUCGGAGAAGGAUGAGAUGGCCGGUAUGGAUAUGACACGUCAUGGUGGUUUUGCUUAUAUGUACUAUGAUAAUGAUGAUGAGUCUCACAGGGCCAUUCAGCUCCAAAGAGUUGGCCCUGGAUCUCCUUUCCCUCGUUCGGUUACUCCUCCUCGCGCUUAAUUUUCAAGCUUCUUGUAAUUUUAUUAACUGU